AUGACCACCCAACCCAACACCAUCGGUCCCCAGUACGCCAAGGACUGUGUAACGGCCCUGGGCUUCAAAAACGGGUGCUUCCAUAUGGAGGCCAUCUACUCCACAACCGGUCCCAUGCUGAUCGAAUGCAACCCACGCCUGGGCGGAGGACCUACCAACAUGUUCAAUGUGAAGUGUUGGGGUGUGGAUUUGGCUCAGAACUAUUUUCUCAGUAUGAUGGGUAUCCCCAUCAAUCCCCCGCGGUUCGAUUCACUGGCUAUGAGCUGUGCCGAAUACUUUAUUAACUGCCCCACCACUGGUACUAUUGAGACAUGUGACUUCCUGGACGAUGCGAAGGAGAAGAAUGACAA